AUGAAACAACUAUUUGCGUUGAUAUUUCUAUUGCUGCUACUGCUUGUCAGUCCGGUAGAGCUCAUUGUGGGCGGGCAGAAUGCUGCAGAGGGCGAGGCACCCUAUCAAAUCUCACUGCAAUCUCUAGUGGGCAGUCAUUUGUGUGGUGGAGUCAUCAUUUCAGAGCGUUGGAUACUCACAGCCGGCCAUUGUGUGGGUGGUUGGCCAGCGGACCGACUGAGGGUAGUUGUUGGCACCCUACGAUACACUGAACCGGGUGCUGUGCACUACCUCUCUGCUAUCUAUAUGCACUGCAAUUACGACCAGCCAAAGUAUCAUAAUGAUAUUGCACUACUUCAGUUGAAUGAAAGCAUUAUCUUCGAUGCAUUCACUCAACCCUUGCCAAUUGCCAAGGAUCCGUGGCCCGAGGGCACCGCGGAUCUCGUCUUUACCGGCUGGGGCACUCAGUCGGCGGGCGGUACCACGCCCACUCGGUUGCAACGAGUGAAGCAGCAACACAUCACCAGACAAGAUUGCGAAAGCCGACUUGCGGAUUACAAGGAUGUCCAGCUGGAUGCGUGUCAUGUGUGUGCCUUUAGGCAGAUGAAUGUUGGAGGGUGUCACGGUGAUACGGGAGGUCCCUUGGUCUACAAUGAUCAGCUGAUAGGCAUUCUAAACUUUGUGGUGCCCUGUGCACAGGGUGUGCCAGAUGUGUUCAUGGAUAUGCGAUACUACAGGGAAUGGAUAAGGCGCGUUAUCAGCGGGAAUACCCGAUGUGGCAUAAACCAGCAGAUUGUCAGUUAGAUUGUUAACUAUAUUAUUAGUUGUAAUUGUUGUCAAUACUUUAGUGUGUUCUAUAUUUAUUUUCUAUAUAGUAAUUACCUAUAUUGAAUUCUGUAAUAAACUCCUUAUGACU